UCUUUACUGUGGUUCAGCGUUCGAGACGCUUUUUGUUUCGCGCCGUUUUAGUUAACCGUGUUGCAAAACGUUUACUGUUGUGCUAACGUCCAAAAGUAAAUAUUACAUUGUUCCCGUUUCAAAAUGGCGAUUUCGGGUUUGUUAUAUCGCAAGUAUUGAGGCCUCGAAGGGUUCCGCCGGCGGAAUCGUGCGGCGGCAGGCGACGGUGCGGCGGCCCGCCCGGUCAGGUGCUACGGCUGGUGGAGGUUGACGACCUAUCGAUUUUUUGUGUACGGCCUCUCAUCGGGUGGACCGGUGUGAACAUCUCACCGGGGCCGGAAGCGCCGCUUCGUGACCGUCGCGCCGGGCUGCGGACCCGCGGCUGAGCUGGACACGGGCGACGGCCGAGCUCGCCGGCACCAUGGCAGAGUAUGGUCAGAGUAUGGACGCGGGUGGAAAUAAUUUCGACUCCGGUCAGUCACAGCAGGAGCAGGAGCUGGCGACUAAGAUGCUUCAGAUCCAGUCUAAGAGGUUCUAUCUCGACGUGAAGCAGAAUAGGCGCGGCCGGUUCAUCAAGGUCGCCGAGAUCGGCGCGGACGGGCGGCGCAGUCAGAUCUUCCUGGCGAUGUCGACGGCGGCGGAGUUCCGCGACUACCUCUCCUCCUUCAGCGACUUCUACUCCUCGCUGGGCCCCCCCAACCCCGACACCGUGCCCGACGACGGCAAGCUCAAGUCCGAGAUGAUGCUCAAGGACAACCGGCGCUACUACCUGGACCUGAAGGAGAACUCGCGCGGCCGCUUCCUGCGCGUCUCGCAGACCAUCACUCGCGGCGGCCCGCGCAGUCAGGUGGCGCUCCCCGCGCAGGGCAUGAUCGAGUUCCGCGACGCCCUCACCGACCUGCUCGACGACUUCGGCACCGACGACGGCGGGUUCAAGGGCGACCUGCCGGAGGGCCGACAUCUGCGCGUCGACAACAAGAACUUCUACUUCGACAUCGGACAGAACAACCGCGGCAUCUACAUGAAAGUCAGCGAGGUGAAGAGCAAUUUCCGGACGGCGAUAACAGUGCCGGAGAAGUGCUGGACGCGCUUCCGCGACAUCCUGGCAGACUACUGCGACAAGAUCGGCCGCACGCACGCGCACGACGCGAUGCAGGCGGGGCCGGGGGCGGGGCCGGGGCCGGGGCCGCGGGCGGGCAGCGCGCAGCCCCCCACCAAUAUCGACACCUUCACCGGCAGCGCCCCCGGCCGGAUUUGAUGCGCGGGCGUCGCGCUCGCAUCUGUACAUAGUCAUCUAAGGACGUAGCAGCCCCCUCCACUCCACACGCGGUACCGCCCGAACUCACCUCACGUCACGGCGCGGCGGGACGCGUGCCGCCUGUCGCCGUGUCACGCCGCGUCACGCCGUGUCACGCCGCGUCACGCCGCGUCACGCCUCGGCCCGCGGUCCGCAGCAGGCGCGCGAGGCGCGUUACUUUAUCUAACUGCAGCUUUAAGCUUUUUUUUGUAAUGACUUUUAAUUUUGAAUCUGUGUAAAUAGUUCGUCACGUGGCAACGAGCUACCGUCAAAGUAACCGAGAACAUCGGUUGAAUGUGUAAGAGUAUCUACAGUUGUGAUGGCAGGCGCCCGGCCGGGGCACAGGCCCGCUGCCCG